AAAAAAAGAAAAAGUGAUGCUUUCACAACUGUGGGAAAUAUGACUGGUCUGCACAGCUGGUUUUGUUUUAAACUGAGAAACACAAAACUGGAAUCACGCCAGCUGCUUAUAUUUUUUAAACGUCCACGCAUUCAGGCUUGUUGGUGGUAACCCUAAGCUGAAACAGGGCCUUAAAGCAGGGUGGAGGCAGCAGGCAGGAGCUGGAACUUGUCACAUUAUACUCAGGACCAGAGCGGGACGAGGGCACCUGAAUACAGACUGUGAGAGAGAGUAGCCGACUCUGAGUGAGAGUAGACCAAACACGGGGAACAAGGACGCCGGGGCAGCAGCCGCAGCAGAGGCCAACGUAGGACUUGGCAGAUUCCUCCCCCCCUAGAGGCAGGGGGAUCACAACUUUCCGUCACCAGACACUGUGGACAGUUUUUCAACUUCUUUUUAACAGGAUCUGUUUAAAAAAGUGACAGCACAAUGGAUAAGGAUGCGCUCGUGGAUUAUGAGUAUCCGGAUCUGGAUCCACUGCCAUCCAAAAUUGAAACAGAAACUAUCCCCCCAUGUGACCCCACUGCUGAUGAUAUGCUCUAUCAUAUAUGCAUCACUGCGAUAUCUCUGGUCAUCAUGCUAAUUCUAGCCAUCCUGGCUAGGCGUACAAAAGUCGGUAAGAGACAGAAAGGACUUCCAGGUUUACUCAGUCCAGUCAACUUCCUGGAUCAUACGCAGCACAAGGGUCUGGCAGUGGCAGUGUUUGGAGUGCUGUUGUGCAAACUCUGGGGGCUGCUCAUAUCCACCAAUCCCCUACCUUUCACCACAGACUCCACAAACAAACAGAACUGGGUGAUUCUGGGAGUCUUCUACUACCCCGCUCUAUACUACCCUCUCCUGGCAUGUGGCACUUUACAUAAUAAAGUUGGCUACGUACUCGGUAGCCUCUUAUCAUGGACACACUUUGGUGUUCUGGUGUGGCAAAAAAUCGACUGCCCCAAGACACCUCUGAUUCACAAGCACUACUCCUUGUUUUCCAGCCUGCCUCAGAUAGCUUGCUUAGCAUUCCUCAGUUUCCAGUAUCCCCUGCUUCUAUUCAAGGGCUUCAAGGGUGCAGAAAGGACCAAUGCCACAGAGGAUCUUAGUAGCAGCUAUUAUAGAGACUAUGUGAAGACAAUUCUUUAUGAGAAGAUGUCCAGCAAAGUCAGCACAUCAAGCACAGACAAACCAAAACUCCCACAGAGAGUGACUGAUGCUGUGAGAUCUUAUAUUUACACACCAGAGGAAGCAGCUUUCCGUUUCCCAUUGAAGUUGGCAAUAUCUUGUGUUGUAUCUUUCAUAACUCUGUAUCAGAUGGGACUUGUAUUGAUCUCUGCUGUGGUGCCAACAAUGCAGAAAGCCCGGUUUGGCGUCGAUGAAGAUAUUGCGAAUGUUUUAGCUGGCUUCCAGAUUAUCCUGUCUCCAGACAGAAAGGAAGUCGUCAGAAUCGUUGUUUACUACAUGUGGUGUGUGGAAGUGUGCUACAUCUCUGCGAUGACUCUGUCUUGUCUGGUCAACUUGGUGCUGCUCAUGCGCUCGAUGGUUUUGCAUCGGUCCAAUCUAAAGGGGCUGUACAGAGGAGAUAUUUAUAAUGUCUACAACUGCCAGCGAACCAUCAGGGCAUCCAGGCCAGCUCUGGUCUGCUGGAUGGGUUACACCAGCUUCACAGCAGCUCACAUCUGUAUUGGUAUGAUCAUCCAGACCUUGGUGUUCUUCCUCUGCCUUAUGGUCGCUGUCUUCCUCAUAAUCAUACCCAUUUUGCACAGGCAGAAUCUGAUUCUCUUUCAGAUCGUAUUGAGCAUGUGGCCUUUCUGGUUGAUGAUUCUCCUAGCUGUGGUGCUUCAACACAUCACUGCCAGGUUUUGCUUCAUCAAAAAAACAGCAGGAACUCGAGACCUAACCAACAGGGGUAAUCUGUUCCUGCUGACAUAUCUGCUGUUUCCCGUCAAUGUUUUGAUUGGAGUGUUGCUUGCUAUCUGGCGCAUGAUCAUCACAGCCCUGUUCAAUAUCGUUCACAUGGGACGCAUGGAUAUCGGUCUUCUUAACCGCAACGUGGAAGCAUUUGACCCAGCCUACCGCUGCUAUGCUCAUUAUCUGAAGAUUGAGGUGAGCCAGUCCCACCCUGUGAUGAAGGCCUUCUGCGGGAUACUGCUGCAGUCCUUGGGCCAGGAGAGCAAAGCUGCACAGAAAUCACGGGAUGCUGAAGAGGGGAUCCAGCUGGUGCAGCAGGAGAAAAAGCUGCACAAAGUCUCCAGCGCCAAGCGGGCUCGGAUGCACUGGCAACUCCUGUACACUCUGGUUAACAACCCCUCCCUGGUGGGCACCAGAAAGCACUUCCAGCUUCAGACGGCAGAUAACUUUCUAAACGGAAGCCUCAACCGGACCAGCAAGCAGGGCAGCAAAAAGGAAGCGAUACCCAAGGAGGCGGAGGCAGCGGCAGCCAGCAAUUGAACCAGUGCUUAACCCUCAUAAUGUUUUGGCUUCAGAAGCUGCAAUAAUUUAUGAGAUUUCUCCAAACCUGCAACAGAUGUCUGCAACUUGCAUUAUACAGUGUCUUGCAUAAGAAUUCCUGUCCCUGGAAUUGCUUCAGGUUUUACACAUUUCAACCACAAACCUCUGAGGAUUUUAUUGGGGUUUAUGUGACAGCACAUAACAUAAAGUAAUGAAUAUUUCUGAAAUGCAAUGAAUAAGACGCAUGGUCUUAUUUAUCAUAACUGUAGUUAUGAUAAAUAAAACUUUUAACAUUUGACAUGCAUUUGUAGUCAGCCCAUUUAAGUCUGGUAUCCCUAAAUAAA